UCACUAACACAAAAAACACCCAUUAUUAUUCCUUAAUAAAUAGAGCUGCAAGAACAACUGAUCCAGAAUCUCAUACACAACUCAAGAAACAAUACAUGAUGAUGAGACCCAAAACCCAAUAUCAACUCAACCUAAAGCUUCUCAUCUUUGGCAUCUUCCUUGCUUUCCUUCUUCUCUUCAUACUAAGAACAAACUUCUCAUCCAAACCAUCACAGCAACAAUCAAGCCAAUCCACAGCUUGCCCAUCUCAUUCUACACCAAGUACCUGCAACAAAAUCCCACCUUCCCUAAUCCAACCUCUCCUCCACUACUCAACAUCAAACAUAACUCCACAGCAAACACUCAAAGAGAUCUCAGUUACAUCUCGAGUACUUGAAAGGAAAUCCCCAUGCAACUUCCUUGUGUUUGGUCUUGGCCAUGACAGCCUCAUGUGGACUUCAUUGAAUCAUGGUGGAAGAACAAUUUUCCUCGAAGAAGAUAAAUCAUGGAUCGAGCAAAUCAAACAACAAUUCCCGAUGUUAGAAUCAUACCAUGUUGUCUAUGAUAGCCGCGUGCGAUAUGCAGAUGAUCUCAUGCAGAUUGGUAAGGUAGAUCAAGAGUGUAAGGUGGUGGGUGAUGCUAGGCAUUCUCAAUGUCAACUUGCACUUAAGGGGGUGUUACCACCUGAGGUAUAUGAGAUAGAAUGGGAUGUGAUAAUGGUGGAUGCGCCGACCGGUUUUUUCGAAGAUGCUCCGGGGAGGAUGAGUGCCAUUUAUACUGCUGGAUUGAUGGCAAGGAAUAGGGAGAUUGGAGAAACUGAUGUGUUUGUUCAUGAUGUGAAUAGGGUGGUGGAAGAUCAAUUUUCUAGGGCUUUUCUAUGUGAAGGGUACAUGAGGGAACAAGAAGGUAGGCUAAGACACUUCACAAUACCAAGUCAUAGAGCUAAUGUGGGUAGGCCCUUUUGUCCUGAAAAUUAAUUAGAGAAUAAUCUUAAUUUUGUUGAUUGAG